AUGAGACGAAGCCUAGGAAAGUUUUCACACCAAGCUAUUGGACACACAGGUGGAAAAGCCAUUCUCUUGUCAUCAUCGUCCUCAUUUGAUUUCUCUACAACUGCCGGAAACAAUGGCGGUGGCGGUGGUGGUGGAGGUCGCGGCCGAGGAUCUGAUUUCCCUAAGUUCAGUUUAAUAGAUUCUGUCCCUGGCAAGAGAGAGCAAACGAAUCCUGAAGACGAUACAUCCUCACCGCCUCCAUUCGGCCAUGGUCGAGGUAAACCUCUCUCAUCGUCCCCAAAUAUUCCUCCAUUUUCAUUAAUUGGGGCCUCUGGUGCCAAUAGAGGUACUGUUGCUGGGCGUGGUCGAGGCACAUUCCAGUCUCCUCAAUUUGAAGAAAACUCUAGACAAACUGUGCCACCGCCUCCUCAAUCGGAGGAAAAAUUAAGCCCUAGAACUCCCGUAUUUUUUCGCAAGGACGGUCUCAAUUUCCCCCCGAAAGCACUAAACCAAGAUCAAUCAGAGAAUCAAGAAAAGGAUAAUCUCCCUAAAAGCAUCUUGUCUGUUCUAUCUGGUGCGGGCCGUGGGAAGCCUACUCAAUCCACUACACAUGUUGAGAAGGUGGAGGAAGUAAACCGGCAUAUCAAACCUAGACAAUCUGUGCAGCCUCGGCCAACAUCUCCUAAGAUGAGUCAAGAGGAGGCAAUAAACAGGGCAAGAGGUAUUCUUUUCAAGGAGGGAGAUGGUGGCGCUGAAUAUGGUGGGAGUGAGACCCAAGGAGGAUUUAGAGGAAUGGGGGCAAGAGGUGGUGGUGGUGGUGGCAGAGGGCAAAGGGGAGGUUUUGUUGGGAGGGGAAGAGGAAUGGGGAGAGGAAGGGGAAGGGGAAGAGGAAGGGGGAGGGGAAUGUCUUAUCGUGAUGAUGAUGGCGAUGAUGAAGAUGAGGAAGAAACAGCGGAUGACAAAGCUAAUGCUGAGAAGCUUGCAAGAUAUCUUGGGCCUGAAAAAAUGGAUCUUUUGGUUCAAGCAUAUGAAGAAGCUAGUGCAAGCGUGCUGCCUAGUCCGGAGGAAGACGCCUAUGUUGAUGCAAUGCAUACCAAUCUUUUGCUAGAAUGUGAACCAGAGUAUUUGAUGGCUGAGUUUGAUUCUAAUCCCGACAUUGAUGAGAACCCUCCCAUUUCUCUUCGAGAUGCUCUUGAGAAAAUGAAGCCUUUUCUAAUGGCUUAUGAAGAUAUUCAAACUAACAAAGAAUGGCAGGAUGUUGUGGAAGAGACAAUGAAGAAUCUCCCUCUAAUGAAAGAGCUUGUAGAUUAUUAUAGUGGACCUAACAGGGCAACUGCAAAAAAACAAGGGGAGGAGCUGGAAAGAGUUGCGAAAACUCUGCCUGCAAGCACACCUCCGUCUGUAAAGCGCUUUACUGACCGAGCUGUUCUCUCUCUCCAGAGCAACCCAGGAUGGGGAUUCGAUAGAAAAUGUCAAUUUUUGGAUAAGCUUGUGUGGGAGGUUUCACAGAGUUACAAGUGAUUUUCUACUAUUUUUUGGAUCAACUUCUCAUGACUGGUAUAUGGAUCUCUCUUUGUAGUGGUCGGCCUUCUAGAUGCUUCUUUUUGGUUUCCAACUGGUAAAACCUUAAAUUGACGUUUGGUUAUAUGUACUCUUGUAUUUUUGUUUGUAAUAAUCCAUGUUGGAAUUUUGUUUGAUUUGGUAUUA